AUGUCUCUACCAACUUUGCACAAAGAAUUGCUGCAAAAAUGGGGCAACGAGAAGGACCGGAAGCUCGACCAAAUUGAAACUAUCGUCAAGAACCUCAAGAACGCUCUGGAAGAUGGCGAGCAAGUCGGCAAACUCGAUCGGAACGCCCUAAUCACCAUCAACAGGGACGUCUACGAGAUUGAUGCCCUCGUUGCCGCACUCAAUGGUGAUUUGAAGGCGUUUGAUACGGCCAUCUCGAACAUUAUGGCUUUCUACGCCUCGCUGCGCGAUGAUUCGCCGAACAAGCACCUUCUCGUCGGCCUCAAUUUGAUGUUUUUGCUGGUUUCGAAUCGCCUCUCGGACUUUCACGUCUUGCUGGAGCAAAUCGAUCAAAGCGUGCAGUCGGGCAAUCCCUACAUUUCGACCCCCGUCAAGAUGGAGCAGUCCCUGAUGGAGGGAGCCUAUAACAAGAUCGUCCUCACCGAGAAGAAUAUUCCGAGCCCUUAUUACGCGCCUUUUGUCCGGAUAAUGAUGGACACGGUUCGUAGCGAAAUUGCAUCGAACCUCGAGAAGUCCUUCAAACAAUGUCCGGUUCGGGAUGCCCAGACCCUGUUACUGCUCGACGACCAGGCUAGCUUGAAGAAGUUUGCCGAAGCCCGCAAAUGGAAGCUCGAGGGCACCAACUACAACUUUGGUGAUGAAAAGAUGGAGACCGGUGACCUGCACAAGACGGGCCUCGAUACCCAGCGAAUUGCUCGCCAAGCCAUCUAUUAUGCAAAACAACUUGAAAUGAUUGUC